AUGGGGCUUUCUGAGAGUAAAAUGAAAGGGUUGUACAAAAAGGCGGAUAACCAGACACUGAUCGAUUUUUAUAUGUUCUUUUCAAUAGUAGCUGGUAACACACCAACAGAUUUAACGCGUGUAAAAGCUGUCUGGAAAGAAAAAAGCAUUGAGAAGGAGGUGAUGACGUAUAAGUCUUUUAAAACAUUUUUUGAUGUUCAAUACGAAGAAAUCACACGCUCUUUUUAUCGCGUUUUUGAAGAAGGUCACUCAGAAAAAACAACGUUUUUCACAUUUGCAGCGAAAAUGUUAUCUUACCCAACUUUGACAGAACAUGACAAGUCGGUGUUGGCGUUUAAUUUAAUCAACACUGAAAACCACAAUGACUUGUCUUUUGAAGAUUUUAAUUUACUCAUAAACGCGACAUACGACAAAAAUCCAACAAUAUCCGAGUUGAUACAAGAGCUUCAAACAGUGUUGUUUCCAUCAACAACACUUCCUCUUAAUUUAACGGAUUUUGAAAAAUACUCAACAAAACCAAAAAACUAUAUUGAUGUCAUUAUAGAAGCUUAUUUUCAUCUCUUCCCAGCUUUUUGUCUCCCAUGGUUUGUGAAACAGAAGAAAAACAUCCCAAUGCUGAAUGAAGCUAUUAAGAAAAACAUGAAACGAGAAAGAGCA